GCUUCAGUUCAAACUGAAGAAGCACCGACGGCGCUGACAUCCUCACCAGUCUGCACCAGCCGGGGGCGCUGUCUCCUCAACUGUCACGGUGUUUUCUGUGACCCACAGUCCCUGAAUGCAGCAUGGGUAGGGCCUGCUCCUUCCUCGGUGUGACAGUUUCCGGUUUGUGAGCGCUGUGUGUAUUUGUGCGUAAACACUCCAAAGUGUGUAAGUAAACGUCACAAAAACUCUGAAAUCACAGCAGCUUCCGGGAUGAACGUGCUCAUGAGGAGGUGUUUCCGGCAGCGGGUGGUCACGUGGAGAGGUCUCCAUGUGGGGGCGCCGCUGACGACCUUCGAUGUGAGGAAGGUUGAGCUGACGCCGCUGGAGCAGCGCAAACUGACGUUCGAUUCCCACGCCAUGGUCACAGAGCUGCAGAGCAGCGGUUUCGAGAAGAACCAGGCGGAGUUGAUCGUCUCAGCUCUGGUCACUCUCGCCACGGCCAACAUGGAUGUCGUUUACAAAGACAUGGUGACCAAAUCCCAUCAGGAGAUCGCCCUGCAGCAGAUCAUGGCUCACCUGGACUCUGUCAGGAAGGACAUGGUGAUCCUGGAGAAGAGCGAGUUCGCUAACCUGCGAUCGGAGAACACGAAAAUGAAGCGAGAGCUGGAGCAGCUCCAGAACCGGCUGAAGGAGGAGAGCAAGAAAAUGAUGGCAGAAACCAAACUGGACAUCAACCUGGAGAGGAGCAGGGUCUCCGACAUGUUCACUGAGCAGGAGAAGAAGCUGAUGGAGGCCACGUCAGACUUUCAUCACAAGAGAUCCGAGCUGGAAAACGACAACAUGGAGAUCAACAGGAAGCUGGACCUGCAGGUGGCCUCGCUGAAGACGCUGCUGGAGUCCCUGAAACUGCAGACGAUCCGCUACCUGGCAGCCACCCUCUUCUCCUGCCUCGCCAUCGCUCUGGGACUCUACCGCCUCUGGAAGUGAACGAGUGACUCGUCUUCAUCCACCACACAAAGUAGUUCCAGAAGAAGAAAACUCUGAUAUUUCAUCUGAGCCCAACAGAGUGAAAAUACUCAGAAUCAGCAACAUGUACUCAGAGUAUCCAAAGUAGAAGUACUCAGUAUAUACGGCAUACUUUCUUUAUAUUUCAGAAGGAGCAGCACAGAGUAAAAGUACUCUAAAAGUACCCGAGUUACCAGCUGAUUGUACUGUUGCUGAGGUAGAACUUUAAAUGAAUGGACUCAAACACUAGU